GGUGGCGGUGCCUGGCCAAACGAGAUGUGUUUAUUUAUCCUCGUCAUUUCGGCUCCAGCCUCGUUGUGUGUGUGCGUGAAGGCUCUGCAAGUUCGCGUCGGAGGGCAGGCAUGAAAAUCCUAGGUCAGGCAUGGUUUGCAACCUGGUUGCUCGUGUCAAUGGCGUUGGCUAGCGCGCUCAUCAAGCUCGUCAGCCUCAUUGGACUUCCCAAGGAAAGGAGUGAGGGUAUUGCUAUAGCGAUCAUCCAGACAGCCUGGCGAAUCUCUAUAUGUCUUACUCCAUGGAUGCGCUUCACCGCUAGUCGCGGAUGGGACGAAGAGUGGGCGAAGGUUCUCGCCAUUAUGGAGGCAAGUGACGCCAGAACGAAUCACAAACCUUGGAUGUUUCUUUCGAACCACACGAGUUUCAUGGAUGUGCUACUGUUCACCACGCUCACGCGAACGAGCGUAAUGUGGAAAUGCCGGACGUACAUGGACAAUGCUCUCUUCAAGACGCCGAUCCUCUCUUCGAUUUGCCGGGGAUGUGGCCACUUCCCAGUUUAUUUCAAGAGCACAGAGGAGGGCAAAUUCACAGUGGACAAGGAGAAGAAUGCUGAAGUCGACAAACUUGUCGAUGCGCAUCUCAAGACUGGUAAUUUAUGUUUCUAUCCAGAGGGGCAGGUGAACAAGGAUCCAGACAAUAUCAUGGCCUUUCGUUUCGGCGGCAUGAAGAAGGCGUUGGAUGUUGAUGCGCGUUUGGUUCUGUUCGUCGCUGUUGGCAAUCCAAGGGUAUGGCCUAAGAAAGCACCCGUUGGAGGCAUGCCAGGACAUGUCAAUUACGGUCUCAAGUUGAUAGCUCCUGAUGGUGCGAAGGCAUAUGUGGCUCAGUUGCGGGGUCGAGACGAUUUGACGACAGAAGACAAAGAGAUGGCAGACCACGAGUUGAUGGCAAAGUUCUUGCGAUUGGCAAUGCAGGAAAACUACGACUGUCUCAAGGAGGGGGCCAAUGACAACAAGGCAAAAGACGAUUGAGCCAUCGCGGUAAGCAGCAGGUCUCACCACGCCGAAGGCAUUACUUCACAAGCAAAGUGCUGGUAGGUCUUGCGCGCAAAGAGAGUCGUCCAUCUCCUUUCCAAUCCCCAUCAAGUGUCCAAUCAGACAUAAUUGCAGUAAUCGUAUGUGUGCCUCCCGGGUGCCUCGGGUAGCGAGGGCACUGUAAGAUUGCUGCGGGCCCUGGGUGAGGAGUGAUCGCGGGAGAUGAUCUAAUUUGCUGGUCAUUGAGAAUCCGUUGGUAGGGUUGCAUGGUCCCACUUUCUGAAUUGAAGGGUGCGGCGCCAUCGCGUAGUUGUUAAGUUUCUCAUGGUAUUGGGUCCUCGUUUUGAAUCCGCACUGCCGCGCGUCUCCUCACUCACUCACCUCCUUCCCCUCCCUCCUCAUCCUUCUUUCCUUGCCUCUGUUCUUACCAUGUCGGUUUCGGCACACAGUACCCAUCACACGUCUGGUGCCUCC